ACCACAAUAAAACUUAGUAACAUAAUAUUAUUCUGCUGACAAAGAUCAUCUCAAGUUUGCAGAGUAACAUGGAUGAAGAAUGCCAGAUAAGCAAAUCCAGCAGGUAUGUCAGUUGGAGAAACAAACCAGCUGUAGAAGGCCAACAUGGUGGCACACUUGCAGCCUCUUUUGUCUUAGUUGUGGAGGUACUGGAGAACUUAGCAUAUCUGGCAAAUGCAAGCAACCUUGUGCUCUAUCUGUCAAAAUUCAUGCACUAUCCUCCAUCAAGUUGUUCAAACAUUGUCAGCAAUUUCAUGGGCACAGCUUUUCUUCUUGCUCUACUUGGUGGCUUCUUAGCUGAUGCUUUCUGCACCACCUAUUGCAUCUAUCUCAUAAGCGCUACGAUUGAACUUACGGGUCUUCUAAUACUCACACUACAAGCCCACACACAUUCCUUAAAACCAGAAAGCUGUUCAUCAGCCAACAGGAAUGAUAAAUGCGAACAACUUAAAGGCGGCAAAGAAGUAAUUUUCUUCAUAGGACUAUAUCUAGUGGCAUUGGGUGUUGGAGGAAUAAAAGGAUCACUCCCCCCUCACGGCGCUGAACAGUUUGAUGAAGAAACUACUCAAGGAAGAAAGCAAAGAUCGUCGUUUUUCAAUUAUUAUGUAUUUUGUCUCGCUUCGGGUGCACUCAUCGCAGUGACGUUUGCAGUGUGGAUUGAGGAUAAUAUUGGAUGGCAAUGGGGAUUUGGUAUCUCCACCUUGGCUAUUUUGAUCUCUAUCCCUAUCUUUCUUCUUGGGUCCGCAUUUUAUAGGAUUAAAGUUCCUUCAGGAAGUCCUAUUACAACUAUAUGUAAGGUACUUGCUGCAGCAAUCUUCAACACUUUUUCCAUCAAUGCAAGAAAUGCUGCGGUUAGCACAAACUCAUCACCCGCGUUAAACGCACUGCGAAACAAACAAGAAGAUGAUAAACCGGAUGAGAACAUAACUGAAGAUCUCAGCUUUCUCAACAAAGCAGUUACGAAAAAAUCAACUUUUCCACCAUUGAAGGUCAAUGCUAAACAAGUCGAAGAGGUUAAAAUCGUCUUUAAGAUCUUCCCGGUAUUCAUAUCAACCAUAAUGCUUAACUGCUGUCUUGCUCAGCUGUCUACCUUCUCUGUCCAACAAGCAGCCACCAUGAACACUAGAAUCGGCUCGUUACGGGUCCCACCAGCUUCACUUCCCGUAUUCCCAGUUAUAUUCAUCAUGGUACUUGCACCAAUGUAUGACCAUGUUAUAAUCCCCUUUGCAAGAAAGAUAACCAAAACUGAAAUGGGUAUAACCCAUUUACAACGAAUAGGGGUCGGGUUAUUUUUAUCCGUCAUGGCUAUGGCAGUUGCAGCCUUAGUGGAAAUCAAACGGAAACAUGUGGCGCAUCGAGCUGGUUUAAUGAACUCCACUGAGCCACUGCCAGUUACUUUCCUUUGGGUUUCUUUGCAGUACUUGUUUCUCGGGUCGGCUGAUCUUUUUAGCUUAGCUGGCAUGAUGGAUUUCUUUUUCACCGAGGCACCAUUUAGCAUGAGAUCAUUAGCUACAUCGCUCUCUUGGGUCUCGUUAGCCAUGGGUUAUUAUCUUAGCUCAUUGCUUGUUUCUAUAGUGAACCAUGUUACAGGAAACUUUCGUCACACGCCAUGGCUCUACGGUAGCAACUUGAAUCAUUACCAUCUUGAAAGGUUUUACUGGUUGAUGUGUGCACUAAGUGGUUUGAACUUCCUUGUGUAUGUCAUGUGGGCUAAAUCCUAUAAGUAUGGAGCAAAAUUCCUCAGUGGUUGUUCAAAUGACACCCGAUUGUUAUGCAAAUCGUCAGGAGUCUAGUAAGAUAAUAUUGUAGCGCGGUCCACCUAUGUGUUUGUAAGUUAAAGUAGACUAGCUAUAUCACUAUUCUGCCAUUGAUGGCCAUGUAUGCUCCUUUGUAUCCUUAGAAUGAGAUAAUCAAUAGUUAUUAAACUUAUUUCAACCUAAA